AUGUGCAGGUUGAGGAUCAAGGGCCGUUUCUCCAACAUCACCAUAAUAAACGUGCACAGCCCUCACUCCGGAAGCACCGAUGAUGACAAAGACGGAUUCUACACGCUGGUCGAACGAGAAUACAAUCGCUGCCGAAGCCACGACGUCAAGAUCAUCAUUGGGGACUUAAACUCUCAGCUCAACGCAUCCCGCAAAGGCUUCGUACCGCAAGCCGAAAUAUGUAGGGAUAAGGACGGGAGCCUGCUGACUGACAACCGUGAGGUGAUUGAUAGGUGGAAGCAGCACUUCGACGAGCACCUGAAUGGCGAGGAGAAUGAACAGCAACGGGCUGAUCAGCAGCAGCAGCACCAACACCUGCCUGAGCAGCCCGGACAACAGGGCGAGGAACAACGGGGAGAGCAGCAACAACAGCAGGGAGAGCAGCAGCAACAACAGCAGUUGAAACAACAGCAACUGCCACAAGAACAAAACGAACUCCCACAACAGCAAAACGAGCAACUGCAACAACAACAGCUGAACGAAGAGCAGUCCCGACGCCAGUUGCAACAAGUAGAGCAGUCCCGACACCAGUCGCGGUACCAAUCGCGCUAUCAGCCGCGGUACAGGCAGCCGGAACAUGCGAAUGAUGUGCCAAUAGUAAAUAAUCAAAUAAUCUUUAAACCAAAGCACUAA